AUGAACUCGAUGGCCAUGAACCAGAUGGCGCAGUCUCAGCCGACGCAGCAGCAGGGCGCCGACUGGCGCAUCCAGCUCACGCGCGAGCACCGCGCCAACCUCAUCGCCAAGAUCUACAACGAGAUGGUGCGCGUGUCGGCGGACCCCGUGCCCGGCAUCAAGCUCUGGAUGAACGUGUCGUGGUACGAGCUGUCGCUCUACAAGGAGUCGCCCACGCAGGAGGUCUACAUCAACAAGAUCUUCACGCGCCUCAAGUCGCUGCGCGCGCAGCAGUCGGACAUGAACGCGGCCAUGGCGGCGCAGGCGCUGCCCAACCAGGGCAUGCUCUCGAGGCUGGACUUCUCCUACUACAACACGCUCAACCUGGGCCAGCGCGGCGCCAGCGGACAGGUGAGCAGCUACCCCGGCCACGGCCAGUUCAGCGGACCCGGGCCGCACCCAGGAGCUCAGCAACAACAGCAGCAACAGCAGCAACAGCAGCAGCAGCAACAGAGUAGACCCACGUCGGCCGUGUCGACGCCAGUGAAGACUGAGGCGAGUGCAUCUACCAACUCGGCGGCCGAGUACUGGCAGCAGCACGCGGCGCUGCGGGCCAAGCACCAGGGCGACGUGGAGAAGGUGCACAGCGCCUUCAAGAAGUACGUGGAUCACAUGGAGGGCCACGACGAGACGGAGCAGAAGAAGAAGCUGCGGUACCUGCUCAGUUACGUGGAGCUCUGCGCCAACAUCUUGAGCGAGGACAAGGCCACGCACCCGGCGCGCAAGAUCGAGGAGCUCGACAAGGUCUUCAAGUACAUUGUAAAGAUCGUGAACCCGUACCUGAAGAAGCUGCGCACGGAGACUGACAAGCGGAGUUACCCGGCUCCUGAUGGGAGCAGUGGCGGUGUCGGUCCUCCGUCGACUUCUGCUGGCCCGACGUCUUCGGGGCCGCCGUCGAGCGUGGGAUCCUCCACAAUGCCGACCGGAACGUCGAGUGGCUUUAGCGCUGCUAUGACGCAGCCGCAAGUGGCCGGCCAGAACCAGCAGCAAGGCGCAGUAAAUACGUCGGCGUCGAUGCAGCAGACCCCGCAACAGAAACAGCAGCAGUAUAUGAUGCAGCAGCGGGCUCAGCAAAUGCAGCAGCAGCAACAACAACAGCAGCAAAUGCAGCGGCAGCAGCAAAUGAUGCAGCAGCAACAAAUGAUGCGCCAACAGCAGAUGCAGCAGAAGCCCCAGCAACAGCAGCAACAGUUUUCGGCGCAGCAGGCAAGUCAAAUGAAUCAGCAGCAACAGAAUAGUCAGAACGCGGCGAACCAGCAGAGCGGCCAGCAGACGCAGCAGCAAAUGGGGCAGCAGAUACCCUCGCGACCGCAGCAAGGCCAGCAGAAUCCCGCACAGCAGCAGCGGCCACCGCCACAGCCUCAGAAGCCCCAGCAGCCUCAGCCACAGCCUCAGCCACAACAGUCUCAACAGCCUCCGACGUCACGAGGAGAGAGCCCGUCAAUCGGCUCCGGUCUGGGCUUGACUCUGGACGACUCGCUCUACGGCAGCAUGGGCACCGACUUGCUGCAGAUGCCGACGCCCUCCGGGACCUCGUCGGGGCUCAUGGACUUCUCCAGCGCGCUGUCGCCCACCAGCUUCGGAGGCAUGGAUCUGCUCGAUUGGGACGACGGCACCGGCGCCCAGGGCACAUCAGGCUCCGGUGGCGCUUCGGGCGGCGACAGCGCGGACCUCAUGACCUUCGUCGAGACCUUGUAGAUGGUAGAGAUCAAGCGGCGUCGCGCGCGUCUCGGAGCGGAAGGCAUGGCUAGGUGCACUCACUCUCCAGCAUUUCGGGUCAACCAUCCCCUCCGUCCGCCGGCGUCUUUGGUAGUGUAGGCUUUGUGCUUGCUCGUAGCAGU